CCAGGCAGUGGCCAAGCUACUACUUUCCAUGAUAUAAGUAUGAACAGCAUAUUGUCCUGGGGGUCAGCCACUUGCUCCUCCAAACACCUAUUUGGAGUCAUGCUGUAAUUGAUAAUACCCUACCUUCAAGGGGUUCGGGUUAGCCUAAGUGGAUGAGACCUAUGGAAAAAACAAGUCCUAGGAAUGGAAACCCAGGGCUCAAAAUGGAAAAUGCUUGGUAAGGAUGUCUAACCCUCCAUCUAGACAAUUCUCUUUGGAAGACAUCUGCAGAUGUUCCCCAUCAGGAGACAGUGGACCACCCUGUCUUCACUGGGUCUAAGUUGCAGGCUUGGUGAUCAGGAUUACCUUCUUGGCUGCAGGGAACGCGAAGGGCUAAUAAUAUGACCACCUAAUUUCAAGGUGAGUCUCCUGACCGAGAUGCCAGCUCACAGUUUCCACCAUGGGCAUUUGCCAUUGGGUGUUUAGGUGAGUUGUUCCACUUCCUUCAGCUCUUUCUUCCUCCUUCUCUUUCAGGGGCUUAUGAAAUUAUUCCCGGAAGUGCAGCAUCUCGAGCUAGAAGUAUCUGACUUAGAUUACAACCCAGCACAAUUCAAAGUGAUCAGAGGUUCCUAGGUACUUGGAAGGAGAUUGAAAGCCUGUUGUUCCUUUUAAAAGAUAACCGAGCUUCUAUAAAGACUGGGGUAAACGAUUUCUACUGUAGUAUAUCCUUUACAGAAUUCUCUCUCCUCCACCAUGUGCGGGCUUUUCCGCCCUCUAGUAGAGUGUGAAAACAGCUGGACCGCUGUGUGUGGAGCCUAGAUCUCGCAGCACAGGCUACUUUCCCCAGUGUGCCUACCAAACCCUUCUUGGCCUUUUCCAGAACUCAGCAAACCUUGGCGCUUCCCCGAAUGUGGCUCUUUUCCCCUUCGGAAUUCCCUAACCGCGACAUGAACUGCCGAAAAAGCUGCUUGCCGGCGGGACAGACGACAGAAAUAUUUACAAUAAUAAUAAAGUCAGGUCAAAUGCCGGGUAGACUUCAUUCAGACGUCAUAGGACUAGGAACCUGCAUAUACCCAUCCCCUUAAGUUCUCAGAGCAAACAGAAGGCCUUGGGGAGGACCAGACUCAUCAGGGACACCUGUGUGUGUGUGUGUGUAUUUACCAUCUGGGUAGUUGCAGAAGGAGCGGGAAGCUAAGAAGUACAUAAGGGAGAACUAGAAACUACUGUAGCCCAGGUAGCCAGGAACUACCAGCAAGCGCUGGUUUCUCAAGGUCCUGCCCUUUUUGGUAAUGAUAAGUAGUACGUUACAGACCCACAGCUCCCCAGACGUCAUUUCUCACUAAAUGGAACCCUUCGUUUACACGGAGAGUCCAUCGGCCGGCAUUUCUCCCCAACAGACCCUGGGAGCAGCAGUCAGCCCUGGUUAUGCAAAGUUUUUUUGGUUUUGGUUCCCCCCCUCCCCUUUGAAAGCUUGCUAAGUGCAGCGGACGAACUCCACAACCCAGCACUAGCCCAGGCUGAGGGACUUUUAAGGUCCGUAUUCAGCUAGUUUCAGGGUUUAUUUUGUGAGAAUUUGGAGAACUUUUAGUUACAUCGAGUCCUGCCGCAGAAGAGAAGAUAAAUCCUAGUGAAAUAAAAGGACUAGGUUGACCUUGCCCACUUUUCUCAGUUCCAUCCCCAAAAUGACCUGAAAAACUAUGCACGCGUUGUGAUCCCCAAGUUAAGGGUGAAUAGGUGCAUGUAGCUAAAAUAACUCAGCAGAAAUCAGUAAUCCAGGCAGUGCCAAGCCGAUCGACUCUGUGUGAGUGCCCCACCGGGCAAGGCAGUGUGGUCGCAGUGUGCACUCCGCACAGCCCGAGUUGUGCGUGACAGGCUGUCGUUGCAAUGUGCAGCCCAUUGACACUGAUGGAUGCGCCAAUGGUUGGACGGACAGAUGUUAGGGCGGAUCACACAGAGCGCGGUGCCUGAGCAGGGAGGGCUAAGCAUUGGCGAGCAGGGGUGCCGGCAGGCAACAAGGGGACCGGCUCUUAGGCCGCGGCGGCACGGGUUAGGGGUGCGCGGCGAAGGAACGAAGGUUGAGAGCGGCGAAGAAAAGCAAAGGGAGAGGGAAGCAUCCUUUGGGUGAACUCCCAGAGCGUGUUGCCCAGCACUGUAAGCACGUCGCCGCCGGUGUGCCUAAAUGGGUGCUCCGUGCUUGGAACGUAAGCCGGGACCUUCAGGGUCUGACCUCCAGCUGCAAUGAUCCUCCUCCAGGCCAGAGGGGUCCCGUGGCCACCAGAACCGUGAGACCAACGGCCGGGUCGGCCGACUCACCGAUCCCUCGCUCGCAAGAAGCGUUCCGCGCCCUGGGGCCGUGUCUCACCGGCCUGGAAGAGAAGCCGCUUUGGCCUUUGCGACCAUAAGCACCAAGCGCCUCGGGUGUACCCACCCACGAGUAAGCCACACACACAGGCUGCCCGGGAGCCCGGCCUCAAGCCGCCUCGGGCUCUCGGCUCUACCCGGGAUCCGCACCGGGUUAACUCAGAGAGCUCCCGCGCGCCUAGGCGCUGGAGCUGGCUUUAUAGCCUGGGAGGACAGCAGCCGCACAUCUGCAUUCAGGCAGGCGUCUGGACCCAGCCCAAGCCCGCCGGCCGGGGGCGAGAGGAGACUUUUGAUCUUACCGGUAGGGUGAGAUCUUGGUCUCCAGGUCUACAAGAAAAAGAAAGCACGCUGUGAACUUUCAAAACUUGGAAAAGCAGCCACAAGAAAGCAUGAAAAAGAAACAGGGCUGAAGAAGGGGGAAGAGAAGAAUAAGUUUAAAAUAAUAAGAAAACGAAGAAGAAGAAAAAGAAGAACAGCAGCAAGCAAGGAAGGCCAGGCGGCUUCCAGUGCACUCAGGCGGCUAGUCCUGGGGCGCAGGGCGCGGGCCCUCGGGUGGACUGUGGGCCUCGAGGCUCGCACUGGUGCCAGAGACCCAGCCAGAGCACCCAGACUCAGUGCUGGUCCGAGGAGCUGGGGGCCCAGAGGCCACCCUAGCCACCACCGCCCAGCAGCGCCCGGAGCCCGCUGCGCCGCGGCCGCCCCAUUCUCGGCCUAAGAGCUGGCCCAGGGAGACGCAAUCGAGCCCGCAGCGCAUCGAUGCGCCGCCGCCCGCGCCGCUCGGGCUCUGGCUGCCGCUCCACCGCCGCCGCCCGAGGGUCGCCCGCGUGAAUUCCAGCCCACCGGCGCCCUCACCACUAAAGUAAGUGAGUCCUCGUCACCCUGUCGCCAACGCAACCCCGCCAGCCACCUUCUUCCCUGGGCUCCUCGGCCGGGUCCGCCUGCAGCCUCUGCAACCCCAAUCACCCAAUCAAUAAUCAAUCCCCUUCGUCCAGAACUGCCCCCAAACCGGGCGCGGCUGAGGCGGCCCCCUGUCCGGGGCUCACACGGGUGGGGGUUGGGCAGGGAAUCCCGAGUUUCUUCAGCCGCCCCCGUCCCGCCUUGGAACCCGCAGUCGCCAUGGGUGGGGGGCGCGGCCAGGAGCCCAAGGGGGCGAGACGCGGGGAGCAGAGAUUGUGAUCGUCCCAAAGUCAGUAAAGGAAACUUAGAGGUGCCCCCUCCCACGCUGACCCCCGAAACACGCCUGAGAAAGUUUACCUAAGGGGAAAAAACAGAGGGAGGUAGCCACGGUGUGUCCCAGGAGAAGAGCCCCAGGGCCCACACCCUUGGUAGCCCUGCCUCCUCUCUCUGGUGCGUCCCGGGGCCCUGGGAUCUUUAAAGGGGCACCAUCCCGAGCUGGGGAGCACUCUGAGGCUUUGCACGCGGCGGGUGGAGAGGAGUGCGGGCCGGGAGGGGCAGUUGGGAGCGGCCCCGGGAUGAGCCCCGGUGGGGAAGGAGGGAUGGGCGGGGGCUACGGGCUCUCCCGGACGGGCUCGGCUGGGCGGGACCCGCGCCCCUGCGUGAGCGCUCGGGGCGGAGGCUGAGGGCCUGCUCUGGGUGCCUGAACUUGGGCGGGGGUCCUAGGCAGGCACCGGGGCCGGGGCUGGGGGCGCCCCCGCGGGCAGGCGAGUGACACGAUCAUCUCCUUUUCCUUUAAGCUUGCCUGUUGCCGACGCCGCCGCUCCAGCCGCGCCGUGGGCAGAAGACUGGACCGCUGAGCCCCGGGCCGCGGCGGCGGCUGCGCCCCCCCACCCCCCCUCGACACCUCCACCCCCGGAUGCCUUGACCUCCCUGCCCGGGGGCGGGAAGCGGGGCAGGACCGGCCGGGGUCGCUCCCGGGCUCCUCCUCUCAUCCUUCUGCCCGCCUUCUCCUCCCCCUCUCCCCGCCCCCCAGCCCCGAACCCCGCGCACCUCGUCUAGGGACGGGGCGGGGGGGGGCAGGGCAACCGCUCCUCCCCGCCCCCUCCUCCUUGGGCCUCUGGAGCGAUUUGUCAAACUUCCCAUUCCGCCGGCAGCGUGGUCCUCCUCCUCCUCCUCCUCUGCCUCCUCCUCCUCCCCCCGCGCUCCUCCUUCCCCGCGCCUCCCUCGCCCGCCCUCCUUCCCUCCGCACGUUCGGGGAUCGCGGCGGAGCGCAGCGAGGGGGGGAAGCGGAGAGCCGGGGCGCAGCAGCAUCCUGCGGGCGGCCGCUCUCCGGGGGGGAGGCUGCGAGCAGGCCCGCCUCGCCCCCCCCCCGCCGCCCCUCCCUCCCUCGGCUCAGCCCGGCAGCGGCGGCGGCGGCAGUCGCGGGAGAAGCAUCAUGCCGAGGAGGAAGCAGCAGGCGCCCCGGCGCGCAGCAGCCUAUGUUUCUGAUGAGUUAAAGGCAGCCGCCUUGGUAGAGGAUGACAUAGAGCCUGAGGAGCGAGCGGCCGAUGGAGAACCCUCAGCCAAGUACAUGUGUCCAGAGAAGGAACUCAGCAAGGCCUGCCCAAGCUACCAGAACUCACCAGCCGCUGAGUUUUCCAGUCACGAAAUGGACAGCGAAUCUCACAUCAGCGAGACCAGUGACCGGAUGGCUGACUUUGAAAGUAGUUCCAUCAAGAAUGAAGAGGAGACCAAGGAAGUCCCUGUACCCCUGGAGGACACCACCGUGUCGGAUAGCCUGGAGCAGAUGAAGGCCGUGUACAACAACUUCCUGUCAAAUUCCUACUGGUCCAACCUCAACCUGAACCUGCACCAGCCCUCCUCGGAGAACAAUGGUGGCAGCAGUAGCAGCAGCAGCAGCAGCAGCAGUAGCUGCGGCAGCGGGAGCUUCGACUGGCACCAGAGUGCCAUGGCGAAGACCCUGCAGCAGGUGUCGCAGAACCGCAUGUUGCCUGAGCCCAGCCUUUUCAGCACCGUGCAGCUGUAUCGCCAGAGCAGCAAGCUGUAUGGCUCCAUCUUCACCGGUGCCAGCAAGUUCCGCUGCAAAGACUGUAGCGCCGCCUAUGAUACCCUGGUGGAGCUGACGGUGCACAUGAAUGAGACAGGUCACUAUCGCGAUGACAACCACGAGACCGACAACAACAACCCCAAGCGCUGGUCCAAGCCUCGCAAGCGGUCUCUGUUGGAAAUGGAAGGGAAGGAAGAUGCUCAGAAGGUGCUGAAGUGCAUGUACUGUGGCCACUCCUUUGAGUCCCUCCAAGACCUGAGCGUCCACAUGAUCAAAACUAAACACUACCAAAAAGUGCCUCUCAAGGAACCUGUCACACCCGUCGCAGCCAAAAUCAUCCCUGCCGCUCGGAAGAAACCUUCACUGGAGCUGGAGCUGCCUAGCUCCCCCGACUCCACAGGUGGAACCCCCAAAGCUACCCUGUCUGACACCAGUGAUGCCCUGCAGAAGAACUCCAAUCCUUACAUCACGCCAAAUAACCGGUACGGCCACCAGAAUGGGGCCAGCUAUGCAUGGCACUUUGAGGCCCGGAAAUCUCAGAUCCUCAAAUGCAUGGAAUGUGGCAGCUCCCAUGACACCCUCCAGGAGCUCACAGCCCACAUGAUGGUCACUGGCCACUUUAUCAAAGUCACAAACUCAGCCAUGAAGAAGGGGAAGCCCAUCAUGGAGACGCCCGUCACACCCACCAUCACCACCUUGCUGGAUGAGAAGGUCCAGUCUGUGCCAUUGGCAGCUACCACGUUCACAUCUCCCUCCAGCACGCCUGCGAGCGUCUCCCCAAAGCUGACUGUAGAGGUCAAAAAGGAAGUGGACAAGGAGAAAGCCAUCGUGGAUGAGAAACCCAAGGAGAAAGAGAAGAGCAGCGAGGAGGAAGAGAAGUAUGACAUUUCUUCCAAGUACCACUAUUUGACUGAAAAUGACUUAGAAGAGAGCCCUAAAGGGGGGCUAGAUAUCCUUAAAUCCCUCGAAAACACAGUAACGUCCGCCAUCAACAAGGCUCAGAAUGGCACUCCCAGCUGGGGGGGUUACCCCAGCAUCCAUGCCGCCUACCAGCUCCCCAACAUGAUGAAGCUGUCCCUGGGCUCCUCAGGGAAGAGCACACCCCUGAAACCCAUGUUUGGCAACAGCGAAAUCGUGUCUCCUACAAAAACCCAGACCCUGGUCUCUCCACCCAGCAGCCAGACCUCCCCCAUGCCCAAGACAAACUUUCAUGCCAUGGAAGAACUGGUGAAAAAAGUCACUGAGAAAGUUGCCAAAGUUGAGGAGAAAAUGAAAGAGCCCGAGGGCAAAAUGUCGCCACCCAAGCGGGCAACGCCGUCUCCCUGCAGUAGUGAACAGAGUGAGCCCAUUAAGAUGGAGGCCUCCAGUGAUGGUGGCUUCAAAAGCCAGGAGAACAGCCCCAGCCCACCAAGAGAUGGCUGCAAGGAGGGGAGCCCUGCUGCAGAGCCGGUGGAGAACGGCAAAGAGCUGGUGAAGCCUCUGAGCGGGGGUCUCAGCGGCAGCACGGCCAUCAUCACGGACCAUCCACCAGAACAGCCUUUUGUGAACCCCCUGAGUGCCCUGCAGUCGGUCAUGAAUAUCCACUUGGGGAAGGCUGCCAAGCCCUCUCUGCCUGCGCUGGACCCCAUGAGCAUGCUUUUCAAGAUGAGCAACAGUCUAGCCGAGAAGGCAGCCGUGGCCACCCCACCACCCCUUCAGGCCAAGAAGGCGGACCAUCUGGACCGCUAUUUCUACCACGUCAACAAUGACCAGCCCAUAGACUUGACAAAAGGAAAGAGUGACAAAGGUUGCUCUUUAGGUUCAGGGCUUUUGUCCUCCACGUCCACAUCCCCAGCAACGUCCUCAUCUACCGUGACAACGGCAAAGACAUCUGCUGUCGUAUCAUUCAUGUCAAGCUCGCCACUGCGCGAGAAUGCCUUGUCAGAUAUAUCCGAUAUGUUGAAGAACUUGACAGAGAGCCACACGUCAAAAUCCUCCACUCCUUCCAGCAUCUCGGAGAAGUCUGACAUUGACGGGGCCACCCUGGAAGAGGCCGAGGAGUCCACUCCGGCGCAGAAGAGGAAAGGCCGUCAGUCAAACUGGAACCCUCAGCACCUGCUGAUCCUACAGGCCCAGUUUGCAGCCAGUCUCCGGCAGACAUCCGAAGGGAAGUACAUCAUGUCAGAUCUGAGCCCCCAGGAGCGCAUGCACAUCUCGAGGUUCACGGGGCUCUCCAUGACCACCAUCAGCCACUGGCUGGCCAACGUGAAAUACCAACUUCGGAGGACAGGUGGAACAAAGUUCCUCAAAAACUUGGACACUGGUCACCCUGUGUUCUUUUGUAACGACUGUGCGUCACAAAUCAGGACUCCUUCCACGUACAUCAGCCACCUCGAGUCGCAUCUGGGCUUCCGGCUACGGGACUUAUCGAAAUUGUCCACCGAACAGAUUAACAAUCAAAUAGCACAAACCAAGUCACCCUCAGAAAAGUUGGUGACGUCCUCCCCGGAGGAAGACCUGGGGACCUCCUAUCAGUGCAAGCUUUGCAAUCGGACCUUUGCGAGCAAGCAUGCCGUUAAACUUCACCUUAGCAAAACUCACGGGAAAUCUCCAGAAGACCACCUUCUGUUCGUUUCCGAGCUGGAGAAGCAGUAGCGUAGGCUCCAGGGUGGAAAUGACUGGAGGGAAAUGCUGAAGGCACCUUAAAGCCCCUCUGUCUUGUUCUUGGCACAUGUUCUUAUGUUAGCUGCAGAGCAUCAUUCCGGGCUGGACUGUUUGGUAUAACUGUACAGUGUUUAAUAGAGAGGUGCAUAGAAUCAGCUGUUGUUACUAGUAAAAUAACGAAGGUUAAAACGCAGUGCUAAGUGUUUGGAACUUUGUGUAAAUGGGAUUUAAUUGUGAGCAUCCCCUCGAUGCUUCAAGCUGCAUGCAUUAACAGACAGUUUAAUUAAGCAUUUAUAAUGAAACCAGGCACACUUUUUCCAUGAAAUUUGGGUGUGCUGGCAUUUCUCACCCUUUCAUCUUUAGCCCUCUGAGUACUACGAAGCACUUUUGCAUUAAUUUGGUUAAAAAAAAAAGAUAAUAAUAACACAAAAUAAUAACAAAUAAUAAUAAUGUAUGAAAACUGUUUUUAAACUCCUUACCAGCUUAGUUAUAAGGAAUAAUAGGAACCUCCAUUUAUGCAGGUCUGCAGGGGUAUAACACGCCUUGAAAUUUAAAAGAAUAUUAUUUUCACAUUGAAACAUAGAUGUAUAUAUUGUAUAGAUUUCAAACUCUUAUGGAAAAAUGUGACCGGUUAAAUGACCCUUUCUUUCUUGCAUUUAUAACAAGUGUUUUAUGUACCAGCUAUACUCUGGGCACAAGCCACGCCUCUGUAUAGUGUAUAUUUCCUUAUCUUUUUUCUUUUUUAAGGUUUAUGUUGUUGUUGUUUUUUUACAUGCAAACGUUGUAAAUUAUACAGAAAAUUCCACAGAUAGCAUUUAUAAAAUAUGCAGAAGCAUUAUCUCAAAGCAAGGUAUGAUGUUUGUUUUGCUAUACGGCACAUCUAUAUUGAUAGAGGGUUCAUGUUUAAAUUAUACAUAUUUAUUAGCAUUCUAUUAUCAUUUGUUUGGAGGCCAGGAAAUCCAUCCCUGGCAGACAUCAUAACUAUUUUGCACAUGGUUCUUUAAAGGUAUUUAUUAGAAAUUAAAGGAUGCUCAAAAUAAACUCAGUGCUCAAAGGGUUAAGUCUAUAGGAAAAGGAAAAAAAAAACAAUUUAAAAAAAAACAAACCAACAACUUGUACUGUAUUUCCUGAACAGUGAUAAAGCCUUUAAAAUGUUUGUACUGUAAUCCUUUGCUUAAAGUCAUGAGGUGUUCUGUGGGACAGCCUCCCCCACUUAUUCAUAAGCCCUUUUGGUUGCUAGUUCAUAAUGUGGGAUGCUUUCUUUCUUCUUUUUUGCUCUUUCUCU